CGCCCGCCCUCCGACCUGCCCGUGCUGCGCUACAAGGUCUUCUGGAGCCGGCGCCUGCACGGCGAGGGCGAGGGCGACGCCGUGACGCCCACCGCCGCCUCCGACGCCCCCACCGCCCCCGCCGACGGCCCCGGCCCCUCCACCACCACCACCGCCACCACCGCCGCCAAGCAGACCUCCGUGCUGGUGCACCACCAGACGGUGGGCGGGGAUGUUUUGCAGUUUAUGCUGAAGUCAUUGGAACCAAAUUCAUUAUACUUCCUGCAAGUCCAAGCAAUUGCUCAGUACGGCCGAGAAAGAUUGAAAAGCGGAAAAGGAGCCAUAUUCCUCAACACAGGUGCUCAUCCAAUCAACGGAUCAAUAAGUUAACGUCCUGAUACUUCUACUACAUCGACGACUCUCGACUAAGAAACGCGGGAAUGGAAGCCAAGAUUCAGCUGCAACAAUAACUAAUAUAACUGGAAAAUACUUUUUGAACAUGAUCACUGAAGGAAAUGGAUACUGUAAUAUGCCACUCACAAUGCUUUAUCGUCAUUUUUGUCUAAAUUAAAUGUUAGAAGAAAUGCUUAUUUUCAUUGUCAUAACGCAGGUUUACAAAAGUCAAAUUGCAUUAUUUAUGUCGAAGAAUUUUACAACCAUUUUUAUGCAGUGUACUUGUAGAUUAGUUCUUUUGCCUUUAUAAUUUUGCACUUUAAGCGAUACUCUUGUAAAAUUUCACAGAACUGUAUUUUCUCAAGGUAAAGAUCAGAAUGCACAAUAAAUUAUGGUAAUUUUUGUAUUUUUAAAA